AUGGGGAUAGACCUAAGGAACCGCUUGGGACCUCAGAGCAAAUCCACUCGUCUCUCCCAAAAGACUGAAAAGAGCACGGACAUCACGGACUGGUGUUGUCGUCUCUUUUUCGCAUUCUGCAGUGGGACUUCGAGGCAUGGCAACAUUUGGUUCGACAUCACUUGGAAGGCGCGCACAGUGGCCCUUUCACCGGACCAGCGGGGUGCCUCCUGGAACAACAGCAGCUAUGGAGGUUUCUUGACCUCGGCUCAGAUGCUCAGGAAGACUGUCUACGGGCGCUUCUUCGAGGUUCGCAUUGAGCAAGUAGAUUCCACCUGGUCAGAUGGCUUCGGCAUAGGUGUUGGCGUCCAUCCAUCGCUCAGCUGCAGCUUGGAACCAGACCUGGGAGGCUUCUACGAGGAGUCCCCAUUUACCAGAGCUUACUCCGAAGGCAGAGCCACUUUUUUCACCGGCACGGCAACAGCCCAGGUUGGACAAAAGGGUCAUCGCUCGAGCAACGCAUCCCUCAGUGACAAGGGUCGAUUGAGGCUGCAAGCCCUCGGUAGCAGCAACUCAAUGGGCUCUGGAAGGAGCACUCCUUGCUGCCAUGUCUCUCCAGAGGAGUUGAAAGGCAGCAAUACCACAUAUCGCGAUGGCAUCACAUCAGAAGAAUCAUCAGGCCUCAGCACACAGUCACCUGGAUCACCGGACUUGUCCAUGAAAGCUGAAGUGUCUGUGAAAGGAAGCCCGUCGAUGAAGGGAAUGUCGCCGAAGGCUGGCGAAGGCUUGGCUGGAGCAGCAGAAGCUGGAACGAAAUCAAUGGAUAUGUCACCAAAAUCGGGGAAACCUGUUCAAAGUGGUGGGACAAGCUCGAUUGCAGCGCGUCGUGGAUUCCAGCCGACUCUAGCAGCUGGAACGAAGGGUGGGGCGCCUUUGUCGAUCAGCACCAAAAAAGAGCAACCGAAGAGGAAGGAGAAGAGGCGAAUCAAGGCCGUUGAUUCUAUUCACAACCACUAUAAGGUUGGAGAAACCGUCAUGCCAUCCAGUCACAGUGGUAUGUCUGUUGUUUUUGCAAAGCGCGUGGAGGAUGGCAUGGAAGUCGUCGUCAAGGUUCGUGCGAAAGCGAACUCUUUUGUGGACCGGGCCGAAGAAAGGGAGUGGCGUCACAACACAGAGUUCAUGCUGAACCUCCCAGAGACUGAGGGCAUUGCCAAACUCUACGAGGUGCUCGAAGACAGGAAGGGCUACUAUGUGAUCAUGGAGAAAGUGGCUGGCCAGGACCUGUUUGAGACCAUGACAGGGAAAGGUUUGUUGCCCGUGGCAGAGGUCAAGGAGGUGAUCAAACAACUUUUGCAGGCCCUGGCAGAACUUCACGCUCGGAAUUGCAUCCAUAAGGAUCUUAAGCUGGAGAACGUGAUGUUUGACAGGACUCCACCGGCCAAUGCAAAGGCAGAUUGGGAUACGCUGUCCGGCAACCAAUCUCCAGUGAAGGUGAAGCUGAUUGACUUUGAUACGGUGGAGACGGUGCAGCCGCAAACCCCGAAGAAGGCGAAGGAUGUGCUUGGUACAGAUCAGUACAUUGCACAAGAGGCCUAUGACGGAAACUAUUCCGCUGCUUCAGACAUUUUCGCAGUGGGUGUGAUUGGAUACCGGUUGCUUACUGCAAAAUUCCCAUACAGAGCAGAGAUCUUUGACGAUGAGGCCGGCGACAACUGGGUUGGCUCUCCGAAGAUGAAGGAGAUUCGUCAGAAGCUGCAGAACUACAAGAUCGAUUGGAACCACCGCAUUUUCAGCCUCGAGCCGCAGGCUUGCGCGCUGAUCAAGGCCAUGCUGAACAGCAAUGAACGGGAACGGCCGACGGCCAAGGAGGCGUUGGCCAACACUUGGUUCAACGAGACGCAGCGACGCCGAUCUUUGCCCAACUUGGAGGGUGAUCGGUCUCCAGCCAAUGGUAGUGCUGCACCUGCGUCAGUCAUAAAGAUGACCUCAGAAGGUUAA